AUGCCUCCGAUUCCACCUCUUUUCGUGCUCCAGAUCCCGCCGACGUUGAAUGCUGGGUCUAACGCUCAAGGCGAGCAAGGGAACUUCAUAUGCACCCAGGCUGCUCCUCAAGUUUAUCUCCUGUCCUUCUCCAGUCCGCCGGACAACCGCCUUGUGCCAGCUUUCAACCAAACAUUCCUGCUGGCGCUUGACAUCAUUGAGCACCGUCUCCCUCGAGGAGUAGUCAUCACCACUUCAUCCAUUACUAAAUUCUAUUCCAAUGGCCUCGACUUCGAGAACGCUAUCAAAGAUCCGACCUUCUUCCCAAGCAGUCUUUACCCGUUGUGGCGUCGCCUGAUCACUUACCCAAUGCCUACAGUGGCACUGUUAAAUGGCCACGCCUUUGCAGGUGGCCUGAUGACCGCCAUGAUGCACGACUAUCGCAUCAUGAAUCCUCACAAGGGUUUCUUGUGCCUCAAUGAGUUGGAUUUCGGAGCAGCUCUUCAACCAGCCAUGGCAACCGUAUUUCGGGUCAAGUUGAAUAUGACGACUUUCAGGAAUAUGGUCCUGGAGAGUAGGAGAUAUCCAGCCCUCGAGGCCUUGAAAGAGGGCAUCAUUGACGGCGUCGGAGGCGUCGAUGAAACGCUUGCUUUUAUUUCGGAGAUGAAACUAACCCAGAAGGCUCAAGGGAAGUCGUAUGGCCUGAUCAAGGAAGAAUUGUAUCGGGAGAUUGUCAAGGACCUGGACGAGGCCGCGGACACCCGUGCGAAGUUGGCGGCGAGAGAUCUAGACCGCAAUCAUCGGGCACUGGAAUCGAAGAGGAGGGUCGACGAGUAUCAGGCCGUGGUCCAGAGGGCGAAGCUCUAA